AUGGAAAAGCUUGAAGACACGGGGGCGAUCCACGUUCCUUUCAAAGAGCCGCUCGGCAGGAUACGCGGAUGGUUUUCCAGAGCCUGGUCUCUCAAAUCGCAUCACAGCUUACUUGAAGGCGACGACAUGUACUCACCGACCGAACUGCCGCUUGACGAAACGGAGAGAUCACCGCCCCUCUCGAGAGCCUCAAUCGGAUGGCGGCCCGUCAGUCCACAGCGCCUGUUUUGGUUGAUGGUACCAUCGUAUGCCGCCCGCGCGUUCGGCCACGGCACGGCAGACUCGAAUAUCCCGGCCCCCAACAGCACAUCGUACUUGAAUGGUCUUCGCGGCAUCGCAUCCCUAAUUGUUGUACUUCAGCAUACUAUAGACGGAGAUUACUCGAUCGUUCAUCACGCCUGGGGUGAGGACGAUGAAAAUCGCUAUUUUAUUCAGCUACCGUUCGUUCGCCUCAUACAUAGCGGCGUAUUUAUGGUAUCGGUCUUCUUCGUCAUCAGCGGAUUUGCUCUUACAUACGGACCCCUGAAAAAGUCCCAUGCCGGACAAGGCGCCACUGCUAUCACCUCUUUCCCGUCUAACAUUUUUCGCCGUCCGUUCCGGCUCUUCCUCCCUACCAUACCUAUCAUCGCGAUCUCUACCGCCUUGAUUCCUUUCAACGGAUUUUACGCUCUCAACAGCUUCGAGCCUAUGGAGCCUGUCGCCCUCGGUCUUUGGGGCCAUCUGCACUACAUGUGGUGGACAUUAAUAACUAUCAUCAACUCCGGCUCAGCCAACACAGUCAUGCCUCAGGGCUGGACUUUGGCGGCCGAGUAUCAGGGAUCGUUACUUGUGUUCCUAUCCUGUUUGGCCUUUCUCAAAAUGGCCCCCAUGGUGCGGAUGUCAUUUACCGUCCUACUCCUGAACUACUUCUUCUACCUACGAAACUCGUACUCCUGCCUCUUUCUCGCAGGCAUGCUCAUUGCCGACUUUCGACAUAUGCGGGCAAAGAUGCCAGACUUACCGAUAAUGGCACGCAAGAUUAUCACCAUCACAUCAUGGCUGCUGCUUGUGCCUAUCAUCUUUUUGGGCUGCUGGCCGAUGCAUGGUAACGCCUUCGCAGCACCUGGAUAUUCGUGGUUUAUCGAGUUCGACACGUAUGGCUUCGGACCACAAACCUUCUUCCAAGCUACAUGUGCUGUGGCUUUGGUGGUAGUAUUGGAAAACCUGCCUCCUUUACAGCGUCUUCUCAAUACCAAACUGAUCGAGGUCAAACGCCAGGGUUCAUCCAGCAUCCACGGCUUUGAGUCCUCUGACUCUCUCUUUGUGCCGUGGCCACAGCCGCCCCUCGCAUCAGCCGAAAGGGCUACUGUUCGAGUGCAAGCCUUCGGUGGCGUAAGCAAUUCGUCAACUCCGUGGUCUGAUUGGGUUCCCGUCGAAACCGGCCUCUUGACCCAGAACGAUUGGUCUAGCGCGGUUCCCAUUGCUGCCGAUCGAGAGACUGAGGUCGACGGACCCAAGAGACCAAUCUACUUCCGAAAGUCAUUCAGUCUCGGCAAUGCAACUAGACCCAAGAUCAAGUCUGCGCGACUAUACAUCACCGCUCUUGGUCUUUACGAAGCUGAAAUCAACGGAAGGCGCGUUGGUGAUCAUGCCAUGGCACCGGGAUGGACUUCGUACAACUUUCGCCACGUCUAUAACACUUACGAUGUGACCGACCUAUUGAAGCCAGGACAAAAUGGCAUCGGUGUCCUUGUUGGCGAGGGCUGGUUUUCUGGCAUUCAGACCGCUGCGGGGAACUACCGCAAUAGCUACGGCGAUACUCUAGGCGUCCUAUCGCUGCUUACCGUAAAGCUUGCCGAUGGAACCAAUAUCAAAGUGGCCACCGAUGAUAGCUGGCAGGCGAGCGAAGGGCCCUUGGCCAUUUCAGAAAUCUACAACGGUGAGACUUAUGACGCGCGGCUUGAGGAUAAGAUCCGCGGUUGGUCAACUGGACAUGUCAAUGGCAGCAACUGGCUAGCAACGAAGGAACUCUCUCCUCUAAAGGGCAAGCUUAUGCCUUUGGAUGGGCCAACAAUCAGGAAGGUGCAGAACAUCUCUCCCAAAUAG